AUGCUAUCUAAAAAAAUCUCUGAGUUUACGGACGGCAUUAGGUUAAACGGUGCUGUGCCUAGAGGAGUCUGUGUUAUCCUCGGGUUACCAGAAUCUGGCUUAUAUUUCGAUGCGUUUUAUCUCGUGUUCCGAGAGAUUAUCGUUAAAGGAUCGCUGCAUUGCCCCGUUAAUGAAGUUAAAGCAAUGAUUAAAUCUGUUUCUGAUAAUAGGGUCAUCAGCCAUCUUACCAUCCUGCCACUAGAGAAGGCUGAGGGCAUACCUGAUAAAGCAGCUGCAGAUUUAUUCACCGGACGUCUGGUCGUUACGUUAUAG